AGAGAUCCAGAGAGGGAGACAGACAGACAGCUGAGAACAUCCGCCGGAGGAGCAGACAGACAGACUGCGGGAAGGGAAGAGUGUUGCCGGGUGCAGCUCCAGAAAACACCACUAAAAUGGGAGUCGAAAUCGAGACUAUAACCCCGGGUGACGGUAAGACGACUUCAAGACUACGAUACACGUUUCUGUUUUUCAACGAAGUGCACGAUUGCGCGAGCUGUUUGCAUAUAUUUAACAGAACCGCAGAAACACCGCCUUAAUUGCGUAGUAUGUCCGUUAUAUUAAGCGCCUCGUUGGUUUCUUCACAGGAAGGACUUUCCCCAAAAAAGGACAGACGUGUGUGGUGCAUUAUGUUGGUGAGUGCAAAUAUGAAACUUGUUAUCCUGCAUGCGUGGACAAAUCAUAUACAUGGAGCUGUUCGAGUUGGUUAUUUGUACUCAUGAAGGCCGUGCAAGUAGAGUGAUGACUAUAGGCAACUGUCUACUACACCCGUAUGAAAAACAGCCAAGCAUUUUAAUCCAAUGAGUGUCACAGCAAAAACUGCAAAUCCUCACAGGAGCAUUAGUCUAUCGACAGUAGUGCACUUUAAAGUGCUGUGGAGUGCAUUUAACCAUGUAGAGCAGACAUGUUUUCCCCCAAAUCUUCAGGGUAAUGAAUGAUUUCUCAGUAGGGCAAAGAGGCAUGACUGUCACCGACUGCGCAGCAUGAAAAUUUAACCCCUUCGCCACUUUUUCUCUCCCUCCUCGGAACGCAUUUGCGUUACUCACGCUCGCAUUUGAUCAUGUUUACGUACACGGGGAGCACUGGAGGUAUGUCGUGGUUACAGCACACUCAAUUCUACUCUGCGUGGAAUAAUGCACGCUCCAGUUUGGCUCUAGUGGUCCAUUUAAGUCCCAUUAACAUCAGUGGAUAAUGUAGUAUUUGUCUUGUCGGGGGAAUUAAUGAAAAAAAAAAUCAAAGGAGACGCAGACGGAUUCCGCCGCAGGGUUCACACAGAGGCCCAGACAGACAGACAGGGCAGACAGCGGGCUUUAAACGCCGUCUCAUUUCUGCGCUUUUAGGUCUUUGUUGGAGUUUUUGGGGGGGUUGGUGGCGUUUCGUUGAGCCGAUUAUAACCGUCUGUGCGGCUGCAGUAAUAGCUUGUAGUCUAUUAUUCCUGUAAUAUGUCCCCUACACCAGACUGUAAACAUUUGUGGUAUUCUAGCUGUUCCUGAUAUAAUAAACCACUAUGGUACCACUUAAUUCUUUAUUUAUUGUAUCUUUGUUUUUAGCCAUACAAGAUUAUAACUUCAAUUAUGACCCCAUGAGGUGAUAUAGAUAAUUAUACUGUGAAUUGUUUCCUUGGUCACAACAAUUUCAGAAAAGCAGAACCAAUAGUUUUAGAGAAACUGGACUGACAUCCAACAUUGUAUUUUAUUUUUUGCUGAAACCAAACCUCACACAAGGACCCAAAAAUAUUCAAAUUAAAACCACAAAAGCUUGACUUACAAAAGUCUCACUAGAGAGCUAGUUAAUUAAAGUAGUUGAAAGAUACUAGGUAUGAUUCAAAUCCCCGAAAUAGUCCUUAAACCAGUUUCUGUCUGUUUAAUCACAGAUCAAGGGGCUAAUCAUUUCAGCCGUCAUUUUUUCCUCACGUCAAAGUUAAGCUUUAGUCACACUGAAGUGCUUAUACACAGUGGCACUCUAAGCUCAAUGCUAAUGUCAGUAUAAGGUAGUUAGUGAGAGUAGUUAUAUAUAUGUGUUUGCUCAGUGGGUUAGGAAAAUAAUAUUUUAUAAAUGAUUUAAAAAACAAAAAUCAGCGGUCACAGUAGAGUCUUGCUCUGUUUGGUUAUUUUGAACCUAAUGUCAGUGCUGCAGGAAAAGUCAAAGGAUUUCUUCAGUGAAUACAGUUCAUCUUCAAUGUUUCAAAUUUCACUGCAGUACAUCCAGUAGUUUAAAAAACCCCUGACUCAGCGUCGCAAAAUUUAACCCACUGUAAAAAGAAAAAUUAAAUAAGGAAUCGCCAUCUGGAUUUAUCCUCUGGGGAAUAUAAAGGUUAGAACUAGAUAUCAUGGCAACCAGUCUGGAAGUUUGUUUUUGGGGUAUUUAUUUCUGGUCUGUGAUGGUGGAUGACAGACAGAUGUUGUUGCCAUUCACAGCCAGGCUGCUGAGCACGGCUACAAAUGUGCCAAAAGAAGCUCCAACUUUAAACCAGUGCAAACAAUAAACCACGUAGAAUCUGCAGCAAAGCUGGAUAUCAGAUGGGUUCGCCUCACAGCAUUGCUAGACUGCAAAUUUGUUUGCACCUGUUCUUCGUUUGGCAUUGCUGCUCUCAGUCUUUCUGCCUGGUAAGACAGACAUAACUCACCCUGUAAUACAAGCCUCUUUGCUUCAAGAUUACGUAACUUGAAGUAAGACCCGAUUUGGGCCGUGCACAGUGAAGAUUUUUUUUUUUUUUUUUUUUUAGACAUGAGCCUGCAUCUUUUUUUCCUUUCUUUUUCCCUCUCACUCAAACUGCAGGGUUUUCUCUCUGGGCGGUCCCUCUUCCUGUCAGCCUACAAAGCAGCCUUGAGAUGUGACUUGAAACAGGAUAUUCCAUUACACAAGCCUUUUUAAAUGUAGACAUCCGAGCGAAGAUCAAAACAUGGAUAUGCUGCUCUCGGCUUGCAGGAAAUGGCUGGUGUGUGAAAAAGUCAACACUGCGUUGUUUGGUAGUUAUAGGAAAUUCUGUGUAUUGGCUUUGUUACUUUGAUAGGACCAUUCAGCUCCCACAGAAAUUUUAAUUUGUGAGCUUUCUGAAUGUCCAGAAGAGGACCAGACACCCACACCACUGCCUGCAUCAGAGGCUGCGUUUUGGCAGCCGCCCCCUGAUGUGCCCAACAAUAAGUGCGAUGUUGCACCUUCUCCCACAGAACAUGCACACUGACUUCACAACAAACCAUCACACGCAAUGCCUUGCCAGGGCUAAUAACAGUAAUGCAUGUAUAUAUAGUCAUGCAGGGGUGGUAUUCUAUGUCCUGGUGUAAGUGUUUUUCCUAAUUGUCACACUAAUACUCACUCUGCAUUUUCUUUGGUCCUGGGUUCUGGAAUCCCUGUAUUUCCUUUAUUCUUUAUUCUGAAAAACAACCCAAGCAUUAGUUAGAUUCAACCCUUUUCAAAACAGAUCAUAUUUGACCUGUUAAAGCAAGUGCUGACCAUUAGCUUGAGUUAGAAACACAAAAUGUAAAGGAAUGGAGUGUUAAACAGUCUGUUCACAAGCCAGAAGUUCAGGGGUUAAAACUUUCUACUAAUAUAAUUAUUAUUAUUAUUAUUAUUAUUAGUAGUAGUAGUAGUAGUAGUAGUAGUAGUAGUAGUAGUAUUAAUGAUAAUAAUCUUAAUCCCAAAAAUUCUACAUCCUUUCGUCUCGUCCUACUUAAGAGCUUAUCACAACUUAGCCGUCAACAAAGGAUUGGGAAACUAGUUUGAACAAUGGGAGGAGUUCUAUGUCAAAAUUUUAAAAGUAAAAAAAAAAAAAUAGUCAGGAACUCAGUGUGUGAGAGUGGGAGAGACUUGUUUGGAUCCCUGGGAUUUACAGCUGGUGCGCCACAGGGAUCUUUCCCUGGCUCCGUCCUGUUGAUUAUGAACUUAACAUCCAUGAAACUGACUCACCUGUUUUGUCUUUCUUUCUUUUAGAAGAAGAUAGUAUUUUUUACAUCGUAUUUUACACCUUUGCCAACUUCGCCUUAAUGCAGAACAUGUUAGAAAAGGUAAAAAUAUUAAAAGAGUUGAGGAGGAUAACUAUUUUACUACCUGCCUUCACAAGUUGCUUUUUAAGUAUUUUAAAGAAACCAAUUUUUUUUACAUCAUAUUUAUCAAAUAUAGAAAUAAAACCAGUUGUUGUUAAAGAAUUGAAAAAGCACAGUAUCUGCCCUUCACUGCAUGACCAAACCCAGGACUUAAAGUUAAUUAUUGUCUGCUGCUUCUGGGAACGGAUGCCCACAUUUCUGUAAUGCGGGUGUUGCCAGGGGUUAUUAAAAAUAAUUUCGGCCAAGAUUUCCUUUUCCGUGCAUCGUUAAUGUCAACUUGACCAGCGCCCAUUCUUCUCUUUGAAUUAUUAUAGGUCUCAGCUCAAAAGUUGAUGCAGUCAUGUUUUGUUUUGGUUUAUUUUAGCUGUUUGAACUUGAGAAGGAAACCUAUUUAAAUGUGACUUAUUUUCAAUUGACUGAUCAUAAGUCAGCAAAAAUAACAGUGCAGGUUUGUAAGGUGGGAAAGUGCAAACAUUGUCAGAUCUUUCCCUAAGAGAGGAAGAGAAGAACUUUUAAAAUGCUUAACUGUUGAAUGGAGGUCUCAGCAAUCUGAUGCAUUGUAAUAGCUAUCUAAAUGCAAAUUGACUUGUGUGACAGUGUUGAGCAGAUAUGUUGCUCCAGCAAAAAUGUUUUAUAUAGAGUAGUUUGUUAUUAUUAUUAUUAUUAUUAUUAUUAUUAUUAUUAUUAUUAUUAUUAUUAUUAUUAUUAUUAUCAUUAUUAUCAUUAUUAUUAUUAUUUGGGGUGGUUUUUGCCUUUUUAUUGAUAGGACAGGGUGAAAUUUUGGGUCAUGGCAAGAGAGGGGGGAGGACAUGCAGCACAUGGUCGGGGCCAGAUUCGCAGGGACUGGUGUACCCAUAUGUGGGGUGCGCUGACCCCCCCGGCCAUCUCUGCACCCUGAUCAAGAAUAGUUUUGGAGAAAAUUAGCCACCCUCACUAAGCAGCUGCUGUGAGCUGGGCUGUCAUUACAGUUGUGUGCAGUCUACAUGCUUUUGCUCUCCACACAGACUGGUCAAUGCUACUCAGGCUACAUAUGGAAACUAGGACACUUCCCAUGUUAAAAAUCCAGACUUAGACAGACGAUAUACAAGGGUCCCCCUCAGUGAUACAAAUAUUCUCUGGGGAUUUUGCCAACAUAAAAAAGUCCUUGUUUCUUCACUUUCUCUCUCUGUUGUUCUUGUUUGCAGGCUCCCUGACAGACGGACGUAAGUUCGACUCAUCUCGUGAUAGGGAUAAGCCUUUCAGAUUCAAGAUUGGGAAACAGGAGGUGAUCCGAGGCUGGGAGGAGGGUGUGGUGCAGGUAGGUAUUCCUGGUGCGGUAAUAGUUACGUAAGUCAGUCUUUUGAACCAUGUUUGUCUUGUAACAGACACUAAUACAGCUCAUUGAACUCAUUUAUACAGACAGAAAAGGGUGAACUUGACAUGAUACAGUGUCACUGGCACAGACAGAAUAAGGCUUCAAUCAAGUGAGUCAAACUGAAGAAAUAAAACACCAUAACAGUAGUUUAGAUUGCCAUUAUCAACGAGCAAAUGCAGAACAGACGCACCUCUAUAUUUAAUCAUCCUGGUGUAAGUGCUGAUGAGGCGGCUGGUGAAUGGUGCUGCUGCCUCUGUACAGGUCUUGUGGAUUGAUGGCAGUUAAAACUUGAUGUUCUCCAAGUUCAGAAUUUAUAAGAACAUCAGUGAUCAAUAUCUCAGAAAUGUUCAAAAGAUUGACCAUCAAUUAGAAAUGACAAGCGAUAAAUCAUAACUUUGUUGGUUUAAACUCAUUCCAAGCUUCACCGUUUUUUAUGGCUCCAAGACAGAUUGAUCUCUGUCACAGGGUGUGUGUUUUAGUCAGACCUCUUACCAGGAGAAGUUUCUCUUAAUUGUCACACAUUAUGUUGGUUAUGGUCAAAGGGCUUGCUUCUGAUCUUUGUCUAAAAGAUUUACAAUCCAAAGCCAACUUUUUGUUCACUCACUCGCCGUUAAUAUUCCGUCUGAAACAGGUGUAAGGUAUGCAGCAGUUUCUCAGAUAUUAAUUUGUUCAUAUUUCUGUAGACAAUGAGGACAAACACAUGUUUAGGACACUGUUACCUCUGUCAAAGAAAAUGCCCUCUUUUUUGAUGACCUAGAUGGAUUAACCUAUUAUUCGGUUAGUGACGGCUGGUCGGAGAGAGGGAUUGCUGUUGGGCAGUCCACAGGGACUUAAUUAUAGAGAGAGCAACACUCUACAUGGACAUACAUCCUUGAGAUGUUGUCUUCAGUUUUACCUGCAGUUUGAGUCCCUGUCUUUUACUGCAGUCCCUCUGAUUCAUCAACAGAGCUGUCUGUUCAUUCGUUAUCAAGAAUAGUAAGCUUGGGGCAAGUACUCGCUAACAAGCAGGGGCGUGUCAGACUUUUUUGCCUGGGGUGGCCCAGCCUCAGCACUGAAAAAAUGACAUUUGAUAUUGCAUUUGUGUCAUAAUACCUGUAAUAAGAUGCUUUUUUGAGUAUUUUAUAUACAGGUAUCCCAUGUCAUGACAGUCUGAAGCUGACAAUAAAAGCCUAGCCUGACCAAGUAUCCUGACUAUUGCCAAUCUUUCCCAGUGCCUAUUUGAUGAGGGAUUUGACUCUCAUGCUGCUUUAAAUUGGUGAUUCAGUGUUGAUGUUUGUAAAAUCUUGAAAGUCAGCAAUGAAUUGGUCUUAUUUGGUAGCUUUUCAAAUGGUAUUCAGCUCAUUUCUGCACACAGCCAAAUAAAAAGUGUCAUAAAAUUACAAGUUAAAUUGGCACAAACUUAGUUUUAAACACUUAAGGCCCUUGACCCGGAUAAUGAGGCUUUAAUGGUAAGUGGGAUGUUUUCACUCCCCUGUGCUUUAUUAUCCAACGUAGAGUGCAGAGAGUGCAUUAUGGUCUAAUGAUCUCUAUUCUGUCUUGAUUAGCAGUUUUAAAUGACUCCUGUGUCCCUCCUCUGGUUGCAUCAUCUGUCUUCUCCUUCCUCCAGAUGAGUGUUGGUCAAAGGGCCAAGCUGACCUGCUCACCUGACUACGCUUAUGGAAACAAAGGCCACCCAGGCAUCAUUCCUCCAAACGCCACCCUCAUCUUUGACGUAGAGCUGCUCGGUUUGGAAUGAGACACGUUCAAGGACUUUUUUGUUUUGUGUAAGUAUUCUGUCAGUUUGAGCACUGCAGCUCACAAUAACAACAAAUGUAUAAAGAUGAUGAGUACAUGCAUACCUGAAAAUCACAAUAACUGCCCAGUUGUUUCUUCUGGGUUAUUUUUGUAGUGUUUGAUUUCCCUUUUGUAACUUAUGGCAGAGCCAAGCCAGAAACAAAGUGAACUGUGAAGCUAAGACUUUUUUUCAUACAUGCACAGGACCCCAAAACCUCCCAACAUUAGCCUGGUGGGCUGCACUUGAGCGGGCAUACAGCUGAACUUUUCAUCCUUGACUUUUUUCAGUCUGACCUGUCGUAAAAUGUAGAGCUGUUGUGUCGCCUCCACUGUCCAUGUCCAGUGAACAUUUUUAAAUGAAACUCAUUAUAUUCAUUUAGACUAGCAGAUUAGUUCAAAUCUAGGCUCUUUCUCUGGUCAGCAACUUAAGUGUGAGUGCUGCUAGAAACAGAAAUUCUGAGAUCUGGAUCAUUUGGCUCAGCAGGAACCCUCCCUUUCUGCUCCCAAACACCCAGAACCAGUUUUACGAGCUAAGUCAACAGCAGUGCAGUCAAGUCACUUGAAAAUGUGGGAAAAAGUGAAUGGAAGUAACAGGUUUUAAUAAUUUUUAAUUUUUAAUGAUUGUCUAUUGUAAUAAUUUGUUUUAAAAAGUAACACUGAUUAUCAACUUUUAACAGAUAACAGAACAGUGCUAUAAUAACACUUAGCCCAGGUUUUAUCCACCCUGAAUCACUGCAGAAGAAAUUCCCUCGCUGUGGCAGCCCCAGUAAAAAGUAUAGGAAAAGUCUGGAUGUUGUAUGAACUCAGCAGGUAAUAGUUUGGAUUACUCACUGUGAGGGAUAACAUUUAUGUUGUGUACUUUUGUUGCUGAAUACUCUCAGCAGCUUGUUUCAGUUGCCAGUUUACUGUUGUGUUGUGUUUGUUUGUUUGUUUGUUUGUUUGUUUGUUUGUUUGUUUGUUUGUUUGUUGAAACCUCCUUUAUGUAGUCCUGAUAUUGGCAUAGAAACUGUCACCAACUUUAUUUUAUUCUUAUUCUUUAUUUAUCUCCAAAGGGAAAUUCAAUUGUCUGUAGUCUCAGGUGUCAUGUGUCAAAAAGGGGUCAAAUGCUAAAAAAGCUAAACAAUUGAAAAAAUUGUACAAACCGCAGAAUAUGGUAUCGCAAUACUCAAUGUAUCGCAAAAUGUUUAAAAUCACAAUAAUAUUGUAUCAUGAUAAUAUCGUAUAGUAGUGAUUCCCACCCCUACUGUAAAGAUAAGUACUGGUCAGUCAUAUUGCUAAUUAGCUUUUUGAGAUGCUGGUUAGCUAGCUAGCUUUCUUGUUAGGUACAUGAUAUAGUUCAGUUGAAAAAGUAACAUGAGUCUUCAUUUGUAUAGUUCUGGGUCAGCUGUUUUAGGAAAGCGUAUUAUUGUGGUUCUCUUUGACUGUACAAUUGCAAACCUACAGACGUUUAACAUGAAAGAUUUGAUUAGAGUUUCCUUGCCUUUUGAAAGAGAGGUCACUGAAUUCAUCAAUUAGUUGAAUACAAACGUCAUCUAUUGCUGUACUCAUAUGACCCAGGCUUUCACGCUGCCAGUCCAUUUCUAAGCAUAUAGUAGUUCUGCGAUUGUACCCUUAAGGCAAUGAAUGGAGACUUAUAGGGAUGGCAUCUCACAGGAUGUUGCCUCCAUUUCAAGCAGGAGCCUUUUCAAAAACCUAACCUUGGUUUAUUUGAAUAAACCUUUUCUCACCGCGUGAACAUAAGGUGACCAGUGGAUAAAAACUGUUCAAAAGUUACAUGUGAUGGAGUUCAGCUGAUAAAAAGCUUCAAUCUGGCAUACUGAAAUGAUGUGUGUUCCUUUUACUUCAUAUGCUGUACUGGAACCUACCUUGAAACAGGAAAAUGAUCUUUAGACACGUAUUUACAGGACAGCAGGCUCACCUUGUCAUGUCUUGGGUUUCAUGGCAUUGUACUUCCCCUCCGUUGUUUACAGUAAAUGUUGACUCAGCCCCUUUUCUAGUGUCUGCAUUAUGGCAUUAUGUCAUCUUGCACAGCUAGAAAGAGAAGUAAACCAGUCCUUAUGAUCACUGCUGCUCUUACAUUGCGCUUUUCUACAAGGAUGUAUGAUAUUGGAUUUUUACUGAGAUCUGACAUGCUGAUGUUUUUAAACCCAUGUUGGUCAAUACAAAUAUAGAUACCUACCUUUUUCAUGUGGUAAAUAAUGCAAAGAUUGUCCUAUAAUGGAAUUUAGCCAUUACUCUUAUGAUGGCCAUCAGUUUGUUUUAGAACCAGACAUGAAACAGGCCAAUAAAUCAUAUUGUUCUACCAUAAAUGACAGAUGUAUAUUUCCUAAAUGUACACAAUCAGCUUUCUACAUUCCAAAAACAUGCUUAUCAGGUUAAUUGUGUACUUUGCAUUAACUAUAUGCUUGAAUGGUUGUCUGUCUCUAUAUGUAAGCUUUGUGAUUCUGGCGACCUGUCCACACUGUGCUGAGCCUUUCACCCAGUGACAGCGGAUAGGCUCCACCCCCUCAUGCCAUCUUAAAGCUGACUCUAUGAUUGGAUGUCUCUUUUGUUUGAAGCAGGACUUUGUAAUGCAAUUUAUUUCCAUUGUUGAAACAACCCCACUAGCAAAAAAAGUUUGGGUGCUUCGUAAAAUGUUGACAAAAACAACACUGGAAAAAUUGUGUCAUGCUAAAUGAAAUCACCCGGAGGAAGAUUUCUAAACUAAUUAGGUUGAUUUGCAACAGGAGCAUGAGUGGGUAGAUUCUGAGCGUGCAAAUAGCUCAACAAUUUCAAAAUAGUACAAUAAUCCUGUGAGUAAUUAUUAGGGAUUCAUCUGUGAUCACACAACUUUUCAACUUCAAGAAGUGACCCACAUAGCCACAGUUACCAUAAAAACAAAUUUAAAAGUAGAAGUUAAUAAACUACUUAUUGAAAAGGGAAGAAUGUGUACGUUGAGGUUUGAAUGCAGGAUUAUACUUUUCACUCAUGCUGAUGUUUGUGAUGAAGUCAACCCAUUGUUUUUGAACAAGCAGCAUUGAGCCAUUAUCUGUUUGUGCUCAUUAGCGGUACUAUGCAUUAACUUUAGAGUACACUAUGACAUUAGUCUCCAUGCUAAUGGAACAGAAAAUGUUGGAGGUCUAAUUAAGAAUGAGACAGUUUGAUGCUGCUGAGGUCCACAACUCGCAAGAUUAAUCUGCACUUAGAAAAUUGGUGCUAAAAGAAUAACAGAGAUACUUGCCUCCUCAUAUGAUAGUCAGCGAGACCAACUGCAGUCAACUCUCUCUCUCUCUCUCUCUCUCUCUCUCUCUCUCUCUCUCUCUCUCUCUCUCCCUCUCUCUCUCUCCCUCUCUCUCUUUCUCCAGUUGAUCAAAAUUGAAGUUCUUUUAAAACAACAAAAGGUCAUCUUUUCAUUGCAUUCACUUCUCUCCAUAAUAGUUCAUGUGACAUAAAUUAACUACACUGAAUUAUCUUAAGAUCUUACAUUUGUUUUUAUCGUCCUUCAGUUUUAACCUAUUAAACUCAUAUCAUGAAAUUCCAGUCAAAUUAUACUCUUGUACUGUAGACUGCUUGUAUGAAGCCAACACCUCUAGAAAUUCUGCAGUUUGGAGGUAAAAUGUAUUAGUUGUCUUACUUUUCAAUUUCAAUUUCAUUUUCAAUUAGGGACAGAAAUGGUAAAUAGAUGUUAUUAUUUGAAUAUGUGUGUGCUCACAGACUCUAUGCCAGCCUGAGAUAAGUCAGUGUUAGUUGGUCCACCCCACUUAAAAAGUUCUAGACAAGCCCCUGCUUCCUAGGCAAGGCAAGGCAAGUUUAUUUGUAUGGCACCAUUCAUAUUCAAGGCAAUAAGAAAUUAAAAAAGAGAGAUUAAACAAUUCAAAAUCAAAAAGACAUAUAACAAUUUAAAAUCAGACAUCUUAAAAUCAAUAAAAAAAAUAAAUGUAAUUUAAAAUCAUUAAAACACUUGAAAUUGACACAACAGCAAAGUGGAAGUUAAAGGAAAUGAGGCUAUAGGAAAGCUGCAGUAAACAGUAAUGUUUCCAGGCCUGAUUUAAAUGAGCUGACAGUUUGUGCACAUCUAAGGUGUUUAGGGAGUUUGUUCCACAGGUGAGGGCCAUAGAAGUGAAAUGCAGCUUCACCCUGCUUGGUUCUGACCCUGGGGACAAUGAGUAGACCUGCCCCUGACGACCUGAGGGGUCUAAAAGCUUCAUAACCAAUCAGCAGCUCUGACAUAGAUAGAUAGACAGACAGACAGACAGAUAGAUAGAUAGAUAGAUAGAUAGAUAGAUAGAUAGACAGACAGACAGACAGACAGACAGACAGACAGACAGAUAGACUUUAUUGAUCCCAAAUUGGGAAAUUCACACGUUACAGCAGAAAAAAAAUACAAGAUAAAAUUUAAUAUAAGAAGAAGUAAGUAAGACAUUCAAGACCAUUCAGUGAUUUGUAGACCAGUGUACAGGAUAAAUGAUUAUCCAAAAAAAUUCAAGCACAGAUAAUAAUUCAAACAUUCAUUGGCUUUAGGUAGGCAGCUUGUAGUUGACAGUGAUUUUUGCUAAAUCCAGCAUUUUCCUCCUUUUUGUCUCCACAGGUGACUUCCUACCUGGGUGACCUGGAGAGAAGCUAGGAGAGUCUGCACUUGAUUCUAUAAGAGGCUUGAGUCUAUAGUUCCACUACUUAUUUCAUCAGACUAUGACAGUUUGUGUUAUUUUGUCUCUGUGACUGAGUGAAUUAUAUUUUUCCAUCAUAUUCUUCCUCUAAGACUAUGGGCCAUAACCUUACAAACCUCCAUGUUCUUAAUCUUGAGUUUUUUUUUAAUUGCUCUUUACUUCUCUCUUUACUUCCUUUUUAUUUGUGUUUUUUGGAGUGUUGGUUGUGCAUGGUUUUGCUGAAAAGUACAAAAUGCCAAUGAAACCACUAGCAGGGACAUUUAUCUCUUAUGAAUCCAUGUGUACUAACAUUAUGAUUUUUGAGACUUGGUGCUUGUUAUAUUUCAGAAACAAAAAAGUGUAGAAAAGAAAAUGAAAAGCACAUAUUUGUAUCCCUAUAAGGCUUCAAAUCAUAACCUAUGAAAUGAGUUUCUGUUUUAGAGAUGAGGAUUUAGUGUUACAUUUAGUGGCUUCCUGUUGUGAAACAUCAAGUCAUGGAAGGCCUUAAUGGUGUUACACAGGAAGUGGGUUAGCUGUAGAAGCGCUGUGUUUCCUUUUUCAUUUCAACUGUAAAAAGAAGUGCGAGCUGGACAGAAGUAAUUGGCUCAAAAGAAGAACCAAUCACAGUUACAGAUAGUUCUAAUGUGUGCCUAAGUAAUCUAACCAAACACAUGGUUACUACCUUGCACUGUCUGCAUGCUCCCGGCCCGAUGGAAACCCUAGUAUGUACAUGUUGAAAGCUUAGCAAUGAUUUGUGUUUAUUUUGUUCUUUUUCUCGCAGAGUCUUUAAACGCCAUUUAAAGCCAUACAGUCAAACAGUGCAAAGACAGGAUUUGUGUUUACACACAGCAAUUGGAGCUUUUUCUUUCUCUGAAAAAUAUGGAAAGUGCUUGAAAAUUAGUAAAAAGGGGGGCAGAGGAAUCAAUCAAAUUGUGACCUUCCCCCAACCUUAUUUUGUGUAACAACUACAAUCAUGUAUUUUCAGAUGCCAACUUUCUAUCUCUGAGAGUCAACAAAGCUGAUGUAUAAUCUAUGAUGACUUUUUGUUGUUUUGUUUUGCUAUAGUGUCAGUAAAGUACCACACUGCCUAACUAAGUCCGUGCUGUGGUAGAUCACACCCUGACACUCAGGUGUCCCGGUGAUUUUGUAUCUCAAAGAAAUAGUUUUAAAUGGAGUUUAAAUGAAGGAAUAUGCUGGCCUGGCUGUCAGACAUUGACCAUGGCUGUUGAUGUUACAUACUGGCAAAGCUGCAAACUGGUGUGGCAGCAGUCCACCUUUGUACUGUGUAGUAAUUUGCUGAUACGUUACUGUAUGCAGGCUAAACCAAUGAUGACAUAUUUAAAAUAAAGCAAGUGCUCUCCAAAUACCCACUUAAGUUUGUCUUUUGUUUUUUAUUACCACAGUU